AUGAAUGAUCAAUUUGACAAUAUGGCAGUGAAUGGACAUACACACAUCCCCGCACGGCUCACCCAGGAGUCUUCAAUCUCACUAGAAGAGUUUACACAAAUCUGCUCUCGCUCCAUCGAUACCUCGACCUACCCACUCGCCAGCGCACUCGACCACAACGUCCCUAUCUACGACAUUACAACCCUCGACGCACAACCCCUAACAGCCGAAACAACCUCCCACCUCCAAGAUGAAUGGCACCACAUUCUCCACAGCGGACCAGGCGUCUUCGUCCUACGAGGAAUGUACACACCUACCAAAUACGCCUCCAUCCUAACCGCCACAAACUCCGCCUUCGACCGCAUCAUCGCACGCGAACGCGCCUCAAAUACCUCCAAGGGCGACCACUUCGCCGCCAGCGGCACAAAUGACCGUAUCUGGAACGCCUUCUCCAAACACGCCCUCGAAGACCCAGCCUCGUUCGCUGAAUACUACGCCAAUCCCUGGCUGGCCACUGUCUGCAAUGCCUGGCUAGGUUCGGCAUACCGCGUCACCACACAAGUCAAUGCCGUGCACCCCGGUGGUGCGGCGCAAGAAGCGCACCGCGAUUAUCAUCUGGGUUUCAUGGACGGUGAUGCCUGUGCGGGAUUCCCUGCCGCGACGCAGGUGACUUCGCAAUUUCUCACUUUGCAGGGCGCUGUUGCGCAUGCCGAUAUGCCUUUGGCUUCGGGACCAACGCGCUUUUUACCGUUUAGUCAGACUUAUUCGCCGGGGUACAUGGCCUGGCGAAGACCUGAGUUCCGGGCUUUCUUUCAAGAGAACUAUAUCGCGUUACCGCUCUCACUGGGCGACGGGGUAUUUUUCAAUCCGGCGCUUUUCCAUGCUGCGGGCGCGAAUAUAAUGGACGCCUCCGCGGGCGGAUUCCGACGCGUCGCGAACUUGUUGCAGAUUAGUUCUGCGUUUGGGAAGCCUAUGGAGUCGGUGGAUGCGAUUCCGCUCGUGGCGUCUUGUUGGGAUUUCCUGGUUGAUAAGUAUAAGGCGGCGGGCAAGAAGAUUGCGGAUUCGGGGUUGGAUCCCUGUAUUUGGGGCCGUGAGGCGAGGGAGGUGAGGGCUUUGGUGCAGGCGCUGGGGGAGGGAUAUCCGUUUCCGACAAAUUUGGAUCGGAGACCGCCUGCGCCGGGGAGGAUGGCGCCGGAGUGUGAGCAGGAUGUUUUGGUGAGGGGGUUGGAGGGGGGAUGGACUGGGGUGGAGGUUGUUGAGGCGUUGGAGAGGAUGAGGAUGGAGUCGAGGGCGUGA